AUGGCGCAGGCCUUGGCCGGGCAGGACCCCAAAGCGGUGCAGAGCUUGAUCUCGGACCUCAAGAUGCUUGCGGCGUAUGAGACUGCGGCCGACUGGCGGGAGCCGAAGGCCAUGGAGUCCGCCUUCCAGGCCGUCUCGUGGGACGACGCCGCAGUGGCGAAGGCCGUCCCGGACUACCUGGCCUCCACUGGGGCGGAGCGCGCAAAGGUGGACUAUGCCUUCAACGCCCUGGUGCCUCGUCCGCCCCAGGACAUCGAUGGCAAGCAGGCGGCGAUCCACACCUGGCUCAAGGCGCGCCUGUUCACGUACAACAAGGCCUUCCCUUUCCAGUUCGGCCCCUACAAGAGCUGA